AUGCCAAUUGAUAUUAACCUAUUUAGGAAAGAGAAGGGUGGAGACCCUGAAAUAGUCAGGAAAUCCGAACUCCAGAGAUGCAGAGAUGGAGCUAUAGUUGAUGAAAUAAUUGGCCUUGAUGAGAACUGGAGAAAGUUGACCCACGAAGUUAAUUUACUUAAAAAGGAGAAAAACGCCAUAUCAAAAACCUUCGGGAAGUUAAAGAAAGAAGGUAAUGACGAAGGACUUGAGGAAGCCAAGAAGAGCGCCAUUGAAAAGACUGCUGAGAUUGAAGCUAAGGAACAAGAGAAGAAAGAAGCUGAGGCUCUCCUUAAUAAGAGACUUAAUGAAGUCGGAAAUAUCUUAGAUGAAACAGUCCCUCAAGAAGCUGAUGAGGAAAAGAAUCCUGUAGAGAGAACUUGGGGAGAAAUUAGAGAGAUUGAGAUCAAUGAGACUCCAGGAAGGAUGAACCAUCAUCAUCUCAUGAAAUGUCUUGAUAUGUAUGAUCCAGAAAGAGGAUCAAAGGUUAUGGGAUCUCGUGGAUAUUUCUUAAAGGGAUUCGGAGUGCUACUCAAUCAAGCUUUGAUUAAUUAUGCUAUCACAUUUUUGAUGGAAAGAAAGUAUAAUGUUCUCCAGCCACCAUAUUUCAUCAAGCAAGAAGUCAUGGAGAAGACUUGCGAGAUUGGUGACUUCGAAGAAAACCUCUACCAAAUCGAAAACAACGAAGCCUACUUGAUUGCCACUUCAGAACAACCAAUCUCAGCCAUGCACUCAGGCGAAUGGCUCCAGCCAAGCGAAUUGCCUCUGAGGUACUGCGGAUACUCAUCAUGCUUCAGAAAAGAAGCCGGCUCAUCUGGAAGAGAUGUCUGGGGAAUCUUCAGAGUCCACCAGUUUGACAAGAUCGAGCAGUUUGUUGUGUGCAAGCCCGAAGAGUCCAACGCGUUCUUGGAAGAAAUGAUCACCUGCGCCGAAGAGUUCUGGCAGUCACUAGAAAUUCCUUACAGAGUUGUCACCAUCGUCGGUGGAGCUCUGAACAAUGCUGCUGCGAAGAAGUAUGACCUCGAAGGGUGGUUCCCAGGAUAUGGAGAAUACAGAGAACUUGUAUCGUGCUCAAACUGCACAGACUACCAGUCAAGAGCUCUUGAUGUCAAGUUCGGAACUAAGAAGAAAGGAGACAAAGGUGACAAGAACCUGACCCACAUGCUCAAUGCCACUCUCUGCGCCACCGGAAGAGCCAUGUGUGCCAUCGUCGAGAACUACCAGACCGAAGAUGGAAUCAGGAUUCCCACAGUGUUGCAGCCAUUCUUGGGAGGUAGAGAUUUCAUCCCAUAUGACGAGAAAGCUCUCAAGAAGUUCAUGGAUGAAGUCGAGAAAGAAAGAGCCAAGAAAAACAAAGGCACUCACAGCAAGAAAGGAGAAGGCAAGAAGCCAAAGGCCAAAGAAGAGCACAAACAAGAAGUCACAAAGGAAGAAGAGGCAGCAAAGAAGCAAGAGGUGGAUCCAGCAAAGGUUCCUGAAGAGGCUAAGCAAGCAGAAGGAGCAGCAGCUGGAGCCCCUAAGGCAGCAGAUGCACCUGAAGGAGACAGUUAA